CCCUCUCACAUACACUCACUUUCUCAGUAGGCGCGGCUUUUCUGUCAGUGUUUUUAACAGUAGCCUACUAGCGGACAGAUCAACUUUGUCAUUGCAUUCUUCUUGUUUUAGGCUUGGGAGAAGUGUGAGAUAUGUUCUUUAGGGGGGCUGUUACAAGUUCUCCCAUUAAGAAGAAGAGCUUGGAGCCUGAACAUGUUUGUCAAAGUCUUGACCUCUCCCACUUCUCUGACUCCUCCUAUGAGUGUUUCUCCACCAAUCCGCUCACGGGCUCACUGUGCGCUUGUCGACGGAGUCCCCGCCUACUGGCCAAUGGUUAUUAUUUGCUGACAGAGGACAGUUUUAGCACAGAUGACGAGGGUAACAUCACCCUGACACCCUCGCACACCAGCGUCUCAUACAAAGAGAACCUUGUCCGGAUAUUUAGACGAAGGCGCAGAGCAAGAAGAUCAUUGGCCAGCCUUCUGAGUGAUGUGAGCCAGUCCUGCCAGUCAUGGCUGGAGGCAAGCGUUUUUAGACGAUCUGACCCUGUCACCCCCCUCCAGUCGUCAUCAUGGAUGGACUUAGACCACACCUGCGAGCAAGAUGCACCCAUCAGCUUUACAUACGAUACCACUGAGCAUGUUUCCUCCCCGGAUAAAGAGACUCCUCAGACUCUGCUUGAGGAGGAGGGGCCUCAGACUGAGUCAUGUUCCCCCCAUGACCAAUGUAGCCAAUCAGUAAGCGGUCUUCUGGAUGUUCCUCCUCCAUCCAUUUAUCAACACAACAGUUACAGUUCAUCCACAAAGACAUCAUCAGACACUUUCCUGCUGAAAGUCCUCCUCUUCAUUCUUAUUUUGUGCCUCUGCAUUGCCAUCUCGUCCAGGUGGCUGCUGGGAGGUGUUUCUGCAGCUGUGGCCUUCUUUGUCCUGCUUUCGUCCUUAUGUGUGUCCAAACCUGGAACAGCAAUCCAUUGGAGGAGAGCAAAGACUGAGGACAUCACCUCCAGAAACGAGUGAGAGGAACCCAUGUACACCCAUGUGUGAAGUCUGUUUAGGAGCUCAGGACUGUUUGACUGCACAUCCUGAAUCACCAUCACAUAUUAGCUAUAGCUCAGUUUUUGUGUUUGGUGUUUUCACUGAUCAGAUGUAGAAAUCUGAAUAUAAAUAUUUAUAGAAGAUUCAAACAGGACCAGUGAUAGGAUUUCUGUCACAGUUAAAUUGACAUGCUAAGAAAAGCAUGCACUUAAGGUGUUUUAAAUGUAUCAAUGCAGGUAGAUCAUUCAAGCUAAGAAUUUGAUUCGUCUUUCUAAAUGAAAGACAAUAUAUUAAAUUCUCUGGAAGUCAUUGAAGAUGCCCUGCAUGCACAGUUUUAAAAACAAUGGUUAAAAUAUGUACCCCAGCUCAGCUGUUUGGGGCAGUACCCUUUAAAAGGUCCUAAUAUGUACCAUUAGGUACAUACAUGUAUACAUUUGGUACCAAAGCUGUACUGUAUAUGAAAGGGUACAGUCUCAGUAACAGCUGGAGUACAUAUUUUGACAAUUUUUCUGAUAGUAAGAGGUGAAGUGUUAUUAUGGUUGGUAAAUCCUCAGUUUGGCUUGGUUGUGGUCUUUACCAUGAUAAAUGGGGCAUCCUGUGUUUAUUGCACCUUAGAUUAUCAGAUGCCCGCAGAAAUAUUUGACUUUUUUAACUAGUUGAUGCUUUAUUAUUCAUAGCAAAUUUGAUAUCUUAAAAAGUGCCAGUUUUGCUUUGCAUAAAUGCCUCAUAUUUGUCAAGUGCCUUUGAUAAACAAACAAGAGUGCUUAUGAAAGUGCAAUAAUUAGUGUUAUAAUAGUUUUAACCAUGUUUGCAGGGUUGCUGCCAAAACAGAUGUUUUAUAUUGUAAAUUAUGGGUGUACUUCUGUUACAUUCAUGCAGGGCAACUCUUAUCAGAUUCUCAAAAUGUACCCUGUGAGUAGUUGCCUGAAUAAUAAUAAAUAUUUUUAUUAUUAGCAAUAAUUAAGAAAAUAUUUUUUCUGGGAACUACAUUAGGGAAUUUUGCAGGAAAAGAAGUUUCUGUGGUUAAAAAGUUUUAGACUUACUCUUAGUUAAAAGAGCGAAUAAUGGAUGUGUAUUUUUUGAAAGGCAGCUCAAAUUUAAAGAGAACAAAGACAUUCAUGAGGAAACUAAAGCAAAGCAAAAGUGAAGUGUUUGAUUAUAGAGGUUUAUGGUGCUAAAAGUCUGAAUGCAAACAUGUUGGAGACCCAGCCAAGAUAAAUAAAAAGGGAAAAGUGAAUUAUUUAAGUGCAUUUAGCUUGUAGGCAACAGAAAUAUGUGUUUAUAUUUAAUAUGUUAUGUUAAUGUGGCUUUAAUGUGUAAUAUAAAUAUUUUUGUUGUGCACAUGAACAAAGAAAAAUAGUGCAGGACUUGAAUAUAAGAAUUUAAACUAGUCAAUAUUUAAAGAAAUGUAACCAUUAUUAUAACUUUUAUUAAAUCAAACAAGGAAGAUUAGACACAAAAUGUUGGGAAAAUGAAAUGAAAAAUCUUGUGUAUUGCUUUUUUUAUUGAGUAUUGCAGAUUGCUUUGAAUGUAAGUUUAUAUAAAAGCAUAUUGUAAAAACAUAAGCUGAAAAUGUAUGCAUUGAUCAGAAAUGUGUAGGGAUGCACGAUAUAUCGGCCGACAUAUCGUUAUCAGCCGAUAACAUCUUAUUUUUAAUAUUAUCGGUCUGAUAGCAAAAUUAGGCCGAUAAAUGAAAUCCGAUAAAUUAUGGAUUAUUUUGGUUUGUUGAACUACUUCACUUGCUCAUUGCUGGCCAUGUGGAGUUUUGAUUGGUGCUUUCUGUGACAUAGCACGAAGAUGACACGUGUUGCGGGCUUAAGAAGAGUAUGCUAGUCUACCGCAAAGACAAGAUGUCCACGGUCUGCGAGUUUUUCAUUGUGAUAAUAAUAGGAAUAUUUAUCGGCCUAUAGAUAUUGGUUAUCGGCCCCCAAAUUUAAAGAGUUAUCGGUUAUCGGUAUCGGCCAAAAUUUCCAUAUCGGUGCAUCCCUAAAUGUGCUACAAACUUUUAUUGUUUUACUGCAUUUGAGCUUGUAUGGGUGCAGUAAAACUAUAAUUCUGCAACAAUCUGUGGCACAAGAUAACUAAACCAUUACUGUAAAUACUAAAGAAGUUACUUUAGUUAAACUGUAUUAUUCCACUGCAUGUAAAAGUGAAAUGUGAAAUUGAUCUGUUUUAUGUAUACACUGUAAAAUGUAAUCUUAAAAUCAAAUGCAUUUACAUAAUUUGCACAGGUACAUUUGAACAUGGCAAACAAAAUGAACCAUGUCAAUAAGUAUUAUCAAAUGAAAAGGCCUUUAAAAUAUUUUAGGCCUUCAUUUUUUUUAAGGUUCAUAUUUUUACAGCGUAUUUUUAAAAUACUGCAAUAAAGGUUUUAUAUAUAGUA